CUAACAGAAAUAUGCAGAAUAAGUUUGGACAUGACAGGACAGCGACAGUCAAGUUAUCAAUCAUACUGUCACGAAACAUCCUAUUAUUUUGACUAGGUGGCUUGCAGUAUACAUUCUGAUAUGUGAAAACAUGUACCAUUUUGCAAGAUGUUUUGUUACAGAGACACAAGUAUGUCGGCAAUGUGACCGCUCUGAAAUAUGUACUGAAUACCGAUGGUAAACCUCAUUAAAUAUGUAACACCAUGGCAGACACUUCAGACAGUGGUGCUAGGAAGUCCAAGUCUUGCACCCCUAUUACAGGAAAUAGUUCAACCAUAUCUAAUGGCACACCAUGCCGAGGAGGUAUGAUCCAUUUGGUUCACAGGGUGGACAGGGAUCUCACACCAAACACUCCACGAGCUGACGCCAGUUUUAGAAAUGAAGACAAAGUCAGCCCAAUGCUUGCAAAACUUAGGAUGACACCAGGUAGGUUAUUAAAGGAGAAACAGACCAUUCUUGUGAAAAAACACGAGGAAACCCGACGUAAAGUGGACAGUUUAAAUGUUGGAGGAGGUGUGUCCAUGUGGCCUGAAAUGGACAGUAUGAGGAUGUCUAGAGAGGAAAUUUACAGGCUGUCGGGGUUUUGUUUGCUACUGGUGUCCAUUGUUGCAGCAGUUUUCGCAUUAUUACAUGGUUCAACAAUUUCACUAUUGAUACAGUUCCAUAAGAGAUUAAGCCAGUUUUCAUCCCAGCAUGCAUUAGUUGUACACAGUGGACAGGUUAAACUAGACAGGUCAUUGGUGGACUGGCACACAAACUAUAAACAGAUUAUGGACUCCAUUCAUGAAGAGUUUGAUGUAACCAAACUACCUACUACAUAUAUAUUGUAUAUACUUGUGUAUAUAGCAACAUUAUGUGUGUUGCUCUACUACCUCAUUGACAAUAUGUUUGCCAAGAGCAAGCUGUCACCAAAAAGGAUUAAAAGAUGGGUAAGCUUGCUGGUGUUGACGACGGCAUGGACCAGUCUACUGGGAUUUACACUUGUGAUUGCUCUACGCACUGAAGCUGCCAUAGAAACAAAUAUAUAUCAACUGUCUAAUACUCAGGCAGACCUGAUACUUACAGAUCUUUCCAGUGACAAAUUUAAUCAGGUGCUACAGUAUUGGCGAACUCGAUGUCUUCCGCCGACAACUCAUGGAACAAUAUCAAUAUUUGGUAUUUUACCGGUCAGAGAUGUGACGUUCUACAUACAAUACUACAGUAUACCAAUAGUGACUGUGUUAAUUGCACCAGUUUUCAGACUUAUAGUGUCUUUAAUGACGAUUUAUAAUGUAAGAAAAGAUAAAAUGUCUUGAUAAAAUGUGAACUUUUGUGUUACAUGUUAAAUCAUGUAAUUAUGUGUGAAAUAAAUUCAUGAAUAUGGUGUUAAA